AUGUCCUCUGCUCAUGAUGCCACCACCAAGAUCUCCAUUGACAAGUUCGACGGCGACAACUACGCGACAUGGAGCCGCUACAUGCGUGGCGUGUUCCUGACCAGGUCGACGUGGCACGUGGUGAACCGGGAGACGUCACCGACCUACGCGGACGGUCGCGCCAUGGACGACUACGUCAAGGCCAACAACAUCGCUUUCGGACUGAUGUUGCUGCACAUGGACGCAGACUACCAUCACAUCUUCGAUGACUGUGAAGAGGCGUGGGUCGCGUGGGCGCGUUUGAAGACGCUGUACGGCGGAUCGCAGAAGGCUGGACGCAUCUACUUGAAGCGCCAGCUGUUCAGCAUGGAGAUGGCGGAAGGCGGCAAUGUGAUGCAUCAUUGCAACGAAGUCCUCAACAUCAGCGCGAAGCUCAGCAGCAUCGGCUCCAAGAUGGAGGACGAGGACGUGGCGAUCUGCUUGUUGCGCAGCCUCCCCAAGAGCUACGAGAACGUCGUUCUCAACUUGGAGAUGAGCAGCGCGGAACUGCGAUCGCGAGACGUCGUGAGAGUGCUCACGAAUGAUCACAUCAAGAGGCAAGGUGACAAGACGAAAUCGGUGAAGACUGAAGACGCGGCGAAGGCGUUCAGUACCGAGCGUGAACCUCGCCAGUGUCCACACUGCGGAAAAUUGGGGCACACGGCGGAGCGGUGCUGGACCAAGCAGAAGGACGAAAAUCAAGGUGGAGCUCGACGCGGCGGCAACAAUGCUCGUGGACGCGGAGCCAACAACGCUGGACUUUCCACGGGCGAGAAUAUGCCAGGGAUGUGGGCAGUCGACAGCGGUGCGACGCAUCACAUCUGCAACGACAAGGCCAAGUUUGCAAUCCUGAAUGAGCGAGAGGAAGAAGAACUAUCAGUGGCUGAUGGCAGCAAGGCUGCGAUCAAGGGUGUGGGAACCAUCAUGGAACGGGUGAUUCUGCCCAAUGGUGACGAACGCGACAUCGAGAUCAAGGACGCACUGUUCGUACCAAGUAUGAGCAAGAAUCUGCUUUCGGUGCCACAGAUCAACAAGGGUGGCAGGUUCCAAGUCGUGUUCGAUGGGUCCAAGAUGCAAGUGAAGCGCAAGAAUUCCACACAAGUCGUGGCAACAGCGGAUCUCGUCGAUGGACUUUACUGGCUGCGGACUCCUCAACGAUCGGCGAAUGCAGCAACACGCAAUGGGACUAUCGACUUGCAUGCGCGCAUGGGUCAUGCACCCCUCGAAGUUCUGCGCAAGAUGGUGGCCACCGGCAUGAUCAAGGACGCCAAGGCACCUCUCAACUCGACUGGUCCAAGUGUGUGUCGCAGUUGCCAGCAAGGAAAGAUGGUCCAAAAACCAUUCCCAACCAACCGUGACAAACGCCAAUAUGGUGUGUUCGAGUUGCUGCACUUCGACAUCUGCGGGCCAAUGGAACAAGUCUCGAUCGGCGGCAGCAGAUACUUACUGCUUGUGGUUGACGAAGCCAGCGGUUGCAUGAAUGGCUUCUGUCUGCGGUCCAAGAUUGAGAGUGAAGUCUGUAUCAAGAAGCACAUUACUAAGAUUCAGACUCAGUUCGGCACGAAGAUCAAGUUUGUUCGGCACGAUGGAGCGCAUGAGUUUGCGACCAACUCGAUCAAGACCUUCUACGAAGAUCAUGGUAUCGAACAACAAGUCACGGUGCCCGGCAAUAACGGCGAUCUACAUCAAGAACCGCCUGCCUCACCCAAGAUCGACCACAAGACUCCGUUCGAGAUCGUGUACAAGUCGAAACCAAGUGUCAAGCACAUGCGCGUGUUUGGAUGUCGGGCGUUUAUCCUGACACCAAGGGAGAAGCGAUUGAAGUGGGACCCGAAGGCUCGUGAAGGGAUGUUCAUGGGCUACGAAGAAGCGUCAAAAGCUUAUCGAGUGUACGACAUUGAGGCGGGCCAAGUGGUGAUCAGUCGUGACAUCACCUUCGACGAAUCGACUUUUGACUUUUCGAUGGAUCGACCAAGUGACGAUGAUGAAGAUGCGGAGUUGGACCUCGACCUCCUGGCGAUCAACGAGGACGACGUGCGUCAAACCGUCUACAAGCAGACUGGCAAGUGCAAGAGUGAAGCAAGACCAGGCAUGUCACGUUCAGCUCGCCCUCGAACUGGGUUGGAACAAGCAAGUGCGCCGGAACACGUCUCCAACCGUCACCAGAAACGACGAUCAAAUGCUCCCGAAAAGAAGAAGAUGCGGACGUCUACAAUCAAAAUGACGACUAGAAGCCCCAAACAUUUUGGCGUGCAAGUGAAAAUGCAGUGGAAGCAACGGACCUAG